GAGCUAAUACUAUUUUUUAAAAAUUAACAAACAAUUGACGUCCAUAACACGAUUUAUACUAUCUCUCCCUCUUAAUUUCCUCUCAAUCCGCGUACUGUCGGCAGAUUUCGCCAUAGAUUCAGCACACAAAAUUUUUCACACUCAGUACUGCACAUUUGAAUCUCUACAGCAUUCUCUAUUUCUCAGAUCUCAGCAAAAAUGCGGAGGCCAGGGCAUCGGCAACCGUUGAAGCAACAAUUAGGAGGCGUUAAGGCUAUGUUCACGAGGCUUUCGAUUGCUGUAAUCGUACUCGUGAUCUGUAUGCUCAUGCUUUUAACGACGAUGUCGAGUAGUAACAGUAACGGUCCUUCAGCUGAGAUCGAUGCGGAGACGCUCUGGGGAACUGCCGAUUCUAAGGGUUGGAGGCCGUCAUCUGCUCCUCGAUCAGAUUGGCCUCCUCCUCCAAGUGAAAGCAAUGGCUAUUUACGGGUUCGAUGUAAUGGUGGUCUGAACCAACAACGUAGUGCGAUCUGUAAUGCAGUUCUUGCUGCAAGAAUUAUGAAUGCUACACUGGUGCUACCUGAGUUGGAUGCAAAUUCCUUCUGGCACGAUGAUAGUGGAUUUCAAGGUAUCUAUGACGUUGAACAUUUUAUCAAGACAUUGAAGUAUGAUGUAAGAAUAGUGGAAAGUAUUCCAGAAAUUCGGAAAAAUGGGAAGGUCAAGAAGAUAAAAGCAAAACAGAUUCGACCACCUAGAGAUGCUCCUAUCAGUUGGUAUACAACAGAGGCUCUAAAGACGAUGAAGGAACAUGGUGCCAUUUAUCUUACUCCUUUUUCACAUCGACUGGCAGAAGAGAUUGAUAAUCCUGAGUACCAGCGGUUGAGAUGUCGAGUUAAUUAUCAUGCUCUUCAAUUUAAGCCUCAUAUUAUGGAGUUAAGCAACUCAAUAGUCACUAAACUUCGUACGCAAGGCCACUUUAUGACGAUACACCUUCGUUUUGAGAUGGAUAUGCUUGCAUUUGCUGGGUGCUUUGACAUAUUUUCUCCUGAAGAGCAAAAGAUUUUAAAGAAGUAUAGGCAGGAAAAUUUUGCAGAAAAAAGACUUGUUUACGAUGAAAGAAGGGCGAUUGGGAAAUGUCCACUAACUCCAGAAGAGGUGGGUCUUAUUUUACGUGCAAUGGGUUUUGACAACUCUACUAGGAUAUACCUUGCUGCAGGCGAGCUCUUUGGUGGUGAACGAUUCAUGAAACCUUUCCGGUCCAUGUUCCCACGCUUGGAGAACCAUAGUACAGUGGACACCACGGGUGAGCUAGGUAAGAACACAAGGGGCUUGUUAGGCUCAGCUGUGGAUUAUAUGGUCUGUCUUCUCUCUGAUAUUUUCAUGCCAACUUAUGAUGGACCAAGCAAUUUUGCGAACAAUCUCCUUGGUCACCGGCUAUACUAUGGUUUUCGCACAACAAUCCGACCUGAUAGGAAAGCGCUGGCCCCUAUCUUUAUCGAUCGUGAAAAGGGUCAUACAGCAGGUUUUGAGGAAGCAGUUAGGCAUGCCAUGUUAAAGACAAGCUUUGGUGGACCUCAUAAGCGGAUCUCACCUGAAUCAUUUUAUACUAAUUCUUGGCCUGAGUGCUUUUGUCAAAAAUCAGCCGUAAAUCCCGCUGAUAAAUGUCCACCAGAUAAUAUUCAAGAUAUCUUAGAAAGUCAACUGGAGAAUGAAGGAAUCAGUGACUUCGACGCAAGCAGAUCAAAUUUGACGUCAGCCGUGGAUAAGUAGAUGUUCUGCGUGAAACUUCUGGGGUGAUAUUUUUGGAUUUUGAAAUGAUGCGCACCAUGAGGUCAAAUGGAAGAAAUGAGCCAGGGUUUUGUUAUCUAUAGGUUGGCAUUAAAGGUAUCACUUAUCUCAAAUCAUUCUUAUCGAGCUAUUGUGAUGUUAUACUUGUACAUUUUUGUUGACCACCUGACAACAAUAAAUGUAGCUGCCAAUGGGGUUGAGUAGGAGGUUAGUUUACAGGAAUUAGAUGUAUGGAGAAUAUGGUCGAUUGGUAUUUGAGAUUGGCGUUCGAAUUACUUUUCCAACACGAGAGAAUCCAGAAAGGGUUUAUAUGUAGGACCAAGGGACUGAAUUAUCACCUUCUUUUGAGCAGUAUCAAGGAGUCAUUUACCAAGCCACUUGAUGCUGGAGUUGUCGAAAUCUGCACAUUUUAUUCUGCUCACUUUUUCAGGUUCUCUUUUGGUGUUUGGCGAUGCCUAUUUCAUCAAGAAUCAUUGUUGUAUCUGAUUUGAUGUCUUCUCCAAAUAAGAAAGUAGAUUCUUCCCUACAUUUCAUCAUUGUGUUUUAAUAUUUGACUACUACUGGUUUCGAGUAUCUGCAAUUAUACACUAGAUUUGUUAUUUCA